AUAAUAAUAGAUGGAUGCAACAUAACCUAAAAAAUGUUUUCUUUAAUUAAGCCCCUUUGAAUUGUUGUUUGUACACAAAAACAUAAUACAUGAAAAGAUUAUUAAUUUAAAUAAAAGUCAAAUAAUAAAAAAAUAGACAGUUUAAAACGUCAGUUAAAAAAAAAUAACGUUUACAUUUUACUCUGACGCUUGUUGUGGUUGUCGCCAGCCCCAAACAAGUUUAAAAACGCGUUUUUGGGAUCGAACCGAAUUUUAAAAACAUCCCAAACGCCCAAAUUCUAGGUGUUUGUUAGUUGGUGUAAAUCAAAGUCAAUAAUCGCUGUAAAUAAAAUGAACAUAACAACGUUAAAAGGGGUUUUUCCCGAACCAAAACCACAACCCAAACGAAAUUUCAUCAAAGAGAAUAUGCGGCACAUAAAAUACCUCCAAGGAGUGCUUCAACCCGAUCUUCCAGUGGCACCGCAAAAACUUUCAAAAUCUCAAACUCAACCAAAGACAAUUAAUAAAUUGACAUCAUCAAGAAAUAAACUUAGGGAUACAGCGUCGCAAGAUAGCCAAAAAAUAUCGAAACCGUCCCAACAAAAAGGCUCUAAUAAACGAAGUACAGGAGUUGAGGUUAAACCACGAUUAGAAAUACGACAGCUAAGAGAUUUUGGGGAAAUUACGAAAAAGGAGGAUGUUGCUAAUUGCUUGUUUAAUGAGAAAGAUAAAAUCACUCAUCGAGGUAUUCAAACCGAGCGAAACGAUGAUAUGAAUAAAAUUUAUGAUUGUGGGGUUAUUAAAUAUCCAAGUCCGGGGCUUGUUCAAGAUCUGAUUACAGGAAAAAAGAAAGAAAAACGAAAUGAUCAUGGGGAUUCAGUUGAACGGUCGUCGAUUGAAGAUAAAACAUCUUCAAUAGGUGAUAAAUUUAAUUAUAUAAAGCAAAAUAUAAAUGCGAUUAAAAACAAAGGGAAUAAAUCCGAUACAACAUCAACGACGGGGUCUCUCCCCCCUAAUUAUCAAAAAGGAUCAGUUCCAAAAUACCUUAAAGACCGCAAGGAAGAGCAAUUAAAAGAAGGUCCUGUCGACGCGGAGUGCCCCCCCGGACACGUUUUAUUACCAGAAGACGAACGUAAAGAAACCCUACGGGUGUUAAGACAAAGUUAUGCCGACCGAAUUUCCGAAUUAAACUCGAUGCCGGUGCGAAACGAUACGUUAAAAAUGCGUAAACGCAAAGUGGAGUUGGAGGAGGAAUUGAAAAAAAUCGACGAAGGGAUUAAAGUAUUUCAAAGGCCCAAAGUUUAUGUAAAAGUCAAUGCUUAGGCAAAUUUCACAGCACCGAAUACGAAUUUUCAUUAUUAAAUUAAUUGUGUUUUGUAUUAAAAUAUGUAAAUAAAAUUAGAUCGCAAAAAU